CAUUUCUGCUACAAGAUGCUCCGCUUGCUGGGUUUGGCUUUGGUGCUGUUUGUCACUUUGCAGAUCCUGAGCACUGGAGACUGCCAGAAAGUGUCACAGAAGCAGCGUCAUAAAAGGGAAUGGGUCAUCCCUUCCAAAAAGAUUACAGAAAAUGUAGACUACAGCAAAACCCCAAUCAUUGGAAAGAUACGCUCAGACAUGGACGAUAAAGUGGCAUUACGCUACACGCUAAGGGGUCCAGGAAUAAACGAGCCCCCUGUUGGUUGCUUUAUGGUAGAAGAGUACAAAGGGUUAGUUCGCAUCAUACAGCCUCUAGAUCGUGAAGAGAGGAGUUACUACACUCUUAUUGGCACUGCAUGGUAUGUUGUUAAUGGCUCCAUAGCUGAAGAUAAUAUUCAAAUAAGUGUCACCGUGGAGGACCAAAAUGAUAACCCACCAGUUUUCAUCAAGCCAGAACGAAGCAGCAUUUAUGAAGGGAGUCCAGCUGGUACCUUUGUAACACAAGUUGUGGCAACAGAUGCAGAUGAGCCAAACACUCUUCACACAAAGAUAGCAUUCAGUAUAAUCAACCAAGAACCCAAAAACAACAACCAUUUCUUUGUUGUUGAUAAAGACAGUGGAAUAAUUUCUCUGAAAAACCCAGCACUUGACAGAGAGGAAAACAGUUUGUAUGUUCUUACGAUCCAAGCUGCUGACAUGUAUGGAAAUGCUACAGGAAAUUCUGCUACAGUUACUAUACCCAUAGACAUCCUGGAUGUCAAUGACAAUGUUCCCACUUUGGAAAAAGAUGAGUUUUCAGUAAGCAUUGAUGAAAAUGAGGCACCCAUCGAGGUUUUGAGGAUCCAGGCAGAGGAUAUUGAUGAAGUACAGACAGACAAUUGGUUGGCUGAGUUUGCAAUUGUGGCAGGGAACGAAGAUGGACAUUUCAGUAUUGAGACUGAUCCAAGGACUAAUAUGGGCAUUUUGUACCUGAACAAGCCUGUUGACUAUGAGUCAGCAUCUAAUCUGGACCUAAGCCUCAUUGUUGCAAACAGAGCUCCUCCAGGAGCUCCUCUGGGGAAUGGAGCAGGGGCAGGUAGUGAAGCUGGAGCUUCUGGAUCUGGUGGUCAAUCCGGAGCUGGUGGUCAGUCUGGAUCUUCCGGAGCUGGUGGCCAGUCUGGAUCUUCUGGAACUGGUGGUCAAUCUGGAUCUUCUGGAACUGGUGGUCAAACUGGAGCUUCUGGAGCUGGUGGUCAGUCAGGAUCUUCUGGAGCUGGUGGUCAACCUGGAGCUUCUGGGGCAGGUUCUCAAUUGAUGCUUUUUGGAGGAAGCAGUAAUCCAGGCUUCAGUCUAUCCAAGCUAAAGUCAUACUUAGUUAAGGUCAAUGUAAAAAACAAACCAGAUGCCCCUAAGUUCAUACCAAAGGUCAAGCCUAUAUCUGUAUCUGAGAACAACAAAAAUUCCAUUCCAAGAGUAAUUGACACCUACACUGCUACAGAAGAAGACACAGGCAGACCUGCAGAAAAUGUGAAAUAUGCAAAGGGAUAUGACCCUGACAACUGGAUAUCUAUUGAUGUGGACACAGCUGAGAUCAAACUGAACAAGGUUCCAGAUCGCGAGUCUCCAUUUGUGGUAAAUGGGACCUAUUAUGCCAAGAUCAUCUGCAUUACAGAUGAACUUUCUGCUAAAACAUCUACUGGGACUAUAGCCUUGCAGGUGGAGGAUCUCAAUGAUAACUGCCCCAUACUCCUUAAUAAUAUGCAGAUUGUCUGCAGUCAUACCAAAGUAGUGAAUGUUACAGCUGAAGAUACGGAUUCCGAUCCCAAUGGAGCUCCAUUGGAGUUCAGUUUGAUACAAGAGAAGACAAAGGGCAAAUGGAACUUGCAGAGAAUAGACGAUGUAAGUGCUUUACUGCUUGCUGAAGAUGACUUAUGGCCUGGGUUUUACCAAUUAACCAUGGAAAUCCGAGACAAGCAAGGGCUGGCCUGCCCGACUGAGCAAGUCCUCAAUUUAGAGGUUUGCACAUGCUCAGAAGGGAUGGGUUGUGGUUCAAAAAUGUCAGCAGUUCAUACUAGUUCAUCAGCAAACUUCGGACUGCCAGGGAUUGGUUUCCUGGUACUAGGAUUUCUCUCCCUUACAUUGAUGCUCUUGUUCUUGAUAAAAUGUGAAUGUGGAGGCACUGGAAAUAGAUUUAUUGACAUGCCAUUUGAAGCCAAGCAACACCUCAUCUCCUACAGCACAGAGACAAGAGGAGAAGACAGGGAUGUCCCUCUGAUGUGUCCCCCACCAAACCUUGAUGAUAAAGGGGGUAAUGAAAUGUCCAAUGGACAUUUAAGAAUGGUGUCAGCUAUGAACUCUAAAAUACCAGUGGAUACAAUAGAUGCAUUGAGUUCAAACCAGGCUGUCUAUACCAGUUCUAAAAUGGAAGGAAUUGUGAAAGAGAGUGCAUUCAGAGGCUUCUACUAUGAUACUGAUGACGUGGAACAAACUGUGAGCAGGUUUCAAGAACUCGAGGCCUCACUAGGUGCAGUGCUAGAAGAUUACUUGAUGCAAAAAUCCAGGUAUAUAUCAGUGGAUGAUUCUACAGGAGAAGCAAUAACAAGCUAUGAUUACGAGGGUAAAGGAUCUGUUGCUGGUUCCAUUGGGAGCUGCAGCUACAGCGAGUCCAGUGAUGACCUGGAGUUUUUGAACAACCUGGAUUCAAAGUUCAGGACCUUGGCUGAAGUCUGUGGAUACAGACAAACUCAAUCAUUGUCUCAGGCUGAUUCAAAAGUUAUUGUAAGUGAUACUGAGAAAAAAACAACAACAGAAUUGCUUACAGUUUCUUCUAGUCAAUUGACCAAUGUUGUCCAAUCCAAUUCUUUGGACAAAACUUUCAAUUCACCAAUUGCUCAAACUGAACCUUGUCAGGGGAUGGUCAUACAGGACCCUAUGUACUAUGGGUUCAACCAGCCAAUACCAAGUAAUGUUGUACGGUCAGAUGAUGGGCUUGGGCAAGGAGUUUACAUAAUUAAUGGCACUCCAGAAGCUGAGAUACUUCUGAUUCAAAGUAACAGCCACACAUUUGCACCAUUAGCUAAUGGACAACAGGGCAUUCUAGCAAACAACAUCACUGGUGAUUCAGUCAUGUAUUCACAAAUCGGACCUCAGAAUUCAGUCAUGAUUAGUGAGGGUUUAGAAGAAAAUCUUGCUGUAAUCCAAAACCUGUCCCCAACAUCAAACCUUGUAAUGAUGCAACAGCAACAACUAGAUGGUAUUGGUUCACUGCAGAUGCUAAAAGUACCUGUGGGAUCGGUUGUACAAGGAGACAACAAGGAAGGUAUUAGUGCGAGGCAUCGCCCCUUAAGCCCUCAACCGUUUUUCCCAGUUAGAUCUCUGAGUGGACCCACGUUUAUAAACCAAACAGAAGCUGGUCAAUCAUUUUCUUCUGUGCAUAACAGCCAACAAUUCUCAGGAAACCCUGACAUAGUGAAUAUGCCUCAAAUUGCAUCUGGUAUGGUAAACAAGCAAGUUUUAGUUAGUAUCCCUAUGUCAAGUGCUCCAAACAUUAUAUCUUUAGAAAAUGGUGAGAGUAGACAUUUUGAAGGUCAUGUGAGUGGACAUAAUUUGUUUGUUGCAGCACCAGGACAGUAUCCGAUUUCCAUGAGUAUGGGGAUGCCAAACUUAGCAAGCAUGCCUCAAGUUGCAACUGGACAGGUCAAUAACAGUCAGCUAUUAGUAAAUGCUCCAGAUCUGAGUGAUUCAAAAAUUCUAUCAGGAGAAGGAGGAGAGUGUAUAUUGGCUACUGGUCCUUCUUUUGUAAAAGGUCCAGCCAGUGGAGGUAAUCUGUGGGUUGCAGGACCAGGACAGUAUCCUGUCUCCAUGAGCACAGGAACUCCAAACCUAGUGAGUGUGCCUCAAGUUGCUAAUGGACAAGUAAAUAACAGUCAACUUUUAGUAAGUGGUCCCAUCUCUAGUGUUAUAAACAUUGCAUCAGGGAAAGGUGAACAGAGUAGACCUCUGGUUAGUGGUCCAUCUAAUCUAGAGGGAUCAAGUCAGGGUCCACUUGUCAUAGGUCCAAGAGCACUUAGUCCAGUGGGAUUGCCUCAAGUAGCAAGCAGACCGUUAUUCCGCACUACAGCAUCCAGAAUUAGGACAGCGAUGGCCAUGGCACCAAGAUCCAAAGAAUGUGUAACAAAUGGACAUCUGCAUAUUUAGCAGUAAAUCAAUUCUUAGUUUAUUAAGGCAUCCGAUGAGUUAGAAGUUCUCAAUAUCAGUAUGACCACAAUAAAUGGAU